UUAACGCUCAUCAUGUAGGACUAUGCUCAGGCUAAAAGUGAUCAGUGAUUUAUCACCCUUGCUGAGCUACAAACUCUGGAUUCGUAGACGACGUUCAAUCUUGAAGUUCAUCGGAGGCUGACCUGGGCUGAAACCGACCCAUGGUCUGUAUUUAACUCUCAAUGAUGAACAGUCCACCUCCCUUAUACCAUUCCCAGUCGAUCAUAGUGUCAUGUCCACAACGGACAUUGCAUACCGUCUUAUCCUUACAGUAAUCAGUCUUAUUACAUUUAGAAUCCUCCGUUACACCGCCGAGUACCAGUGGAAGCGGGGUGUCAGCCCUGACAGACCCGUCGGGGCCAAGUCCUUGACAGUUUGUAGAGAAACACAGUACAAGUUCCCUGAUCUCAUCAGCCAAGGGGAAAUUUACGAGAGUAUCAUACUUUACUACUCAUCGAGAUGGCAUGUGUACCAGAAGGGGCGCUAUCCAGGAUCGCUGACGGUCUUCACGUCGAGUGAAUCUCGUUGCGUUGGCAAUUUAUACGUGUCGAAGAGCCUGAAAUUUUUCAAGGGAAUUCUUCGUGUUCCCGGCUUGCCGCGUUAUCCAACAACAGCACACGGAAUGAGUCUCAUCAAAUAUGCACCUUUGUUUCCACGUUUGGCCUCCCAGCUACCCUGGAGCUCUCGUCAUCCUGAAAAUGUUUCGAGCGUAUGCAAAGCUACCCUAAGGAGAAGAGAGUAUGUCAAUAUACUUGCAAAAAGUGCAAUCAGGCGCAAAGUGAAAGAAUCGCAAGUACGCCACGGCAGUAUCGGCCCGAUAUGCCGUCCGGUCUCAAGUCCGAACAGCCAAAAGACACACGACCUUCGCAAAGCUCUCGUGAAGACACUAGGAGCUAGCGCAUUGAAGAGGCAGUCACUCGUGAUCAAGGAGAAAGAAGCAUCCCACACCUCGAAGAAAGUCCGUAUGGAGUGCCGCACGCGUUUGGCCCUCGGAGAGAAUCUGUCGAUCAAGAACCUCGCUUCUGCUGCCGCUGCGAGAAAGGCGCCUGCAGCAUCUUUUCUGCCUGAUCGAAGUUCGCCAUCCCGAAUCCAUUCUGUACAGCCGAAGACGCGUUAUCAGAGCCAGAAGCUGAGUCGUCGCAGUUUAUUUCACCUCGGACCGGAAGACGCUGUUCCAAGUUCCUGCCCCGCUAUAGUCUUUAUGUAAAUAUCCAUGCUUUUAAACUUUGCAUGCUUAUGCACAUGAGUCAGCUUCUGCCAAUUAAUGUCAUCGUGACCACGCAAGUUGUUUCAGUCAGCCAAUUAAGAUGUACGUACAAAUUUGUAAUCGGACACUCAGG